UCAACCCCAGUUUGCUUUAAACCCUGAAGGAGGAAAAGAGAAAAGGGAGAAGAAGCAAAGCACUGGACACGAGACCACAGAAAGUUCUUGUGCAGUGGAGCAGUUUUCAUGGCAUCUGGACCCAACAUGAUGACCCCCAUUUGUCUGGUGGAAAACAAGAAUGAAAAAUUGUCAGUGAACCGGGAAGCUCUAGAGAUUCUACAGAAGAUUUCUCAGCCAGUGGUGGUGGUGGCCAUUGUAGGGCCAUAUCGUACAGGCAAAUCCUAUCUGAUGAACUGUCUUGCAGGAAAAAACCAUGGUUUUCCUCUAGGCUCAACAGUGCAAUCUAAAACCAAGGGUAUCUGGAUGUGGUGCCUUCCCCACCCCUUAAAACCCAAUCAAGUUCUCAUCCUACUGGACACUGAAGGCUUGGGAGAUGUGGAAAAGAGUGACCCUAAGAACGACUCGUGGAUCUUUUCCUUGGCUAUACUUCUGUGCAGCAGCUUUGUCUACAAUAGCAUUGGCACAAUCAAUCACCAGGCCCUGGAGCAGCUGCAUUAUGUGACAGAGCUCACAGAAUUCAUUAAGACAAGGUCUUCUCCUUGCCCUGAUGGAGUAAAAGAUUCUGCAGAAUUUGUGGGUUUCUUUCCAGACUUUAUCUGGACUGUCCGUGAUUUCACACUGGAGCUGAAAAUAGAUGGUCACCUUGUCACAGAAGAUGAGUACCUGGAAAAUGCCUUGAAACUGAGUAAAAGCAAAAAUUCCCAAAUUGAAGCAUCCAAUAAUUCCAGAGAGUCUAUUAGAAAUUUCUUUCCAGAACGAAAGUGUUUUGUCUUUGAUCGACCAAUACAUGACAAAAAUCUUCUAGCCAAUAUUGAGAAUGUGCCUGAAAACCAACUAGAUCCCCAGUUUCUGGAACAAACAAAAAAAUUUUGUUUCUAUAUAUUCACCAAUGCAAGAGUUAAGACGCUCAAAGAGGGAGUCAUUGUCACCGGGAAACGUCUGUCUACUCUGGUGGUGACCUACGUGGAUACCAUCAACGGUGGAGCAGUUCCUUGUUUGGAGAACGCAGUGAUAACACUGGCUCAGUGUGAGAACUCAGCUGCAGUACAGAUGGCAUCUGAUCACUACAGUGAGCAAAUGACCCAGAAAGUAGAAUUUCCAACAGAAACGGUCCAGGAACUGCUGGACAUGCAUGCAAUGUGUGAGAAGGAGGCCAUUGCAAUUUUCAUGAAGCAUUCCUUCAAGGAUGAAAACCAAGAGUUUCAGAAGAAGCUGGUGAAAAUAAUAAAAGAUAAAAAAGAAGAAUUUUUGCUGCAGAAUGAAGAGGCAUCUGUUAAAUGUUGCCAGGCUAUUAUUGAGCAGCUUUCAAAGGCCCUGAUGGAAAGUAUUUCAAUGGGAGCUUACUCUGUUCCUGGAGGGCACAAAUGUUACAUGGAAGUAAUGGAAAAAAUAAAGCAGGACUAUAAGCAGAAGUCCAGGAAAGGUGUGAAGUCAAAUGAGGUCUUUCAGAACUUCUUGAAGUCACAGGAAACAGUGGAGAGAUCUAUCCUGCAGUUAGACACAGCCCUCACUGAAAGAGAAAAAGCCUUAGAAGAGGAGCGGACUAGGAGGGAGAGAAUUGAGAAGGAGCAGGAGCUGUUAAAACAGAAACAACAGGAGCAGCAGCAACUGAUGGAGGCAGAAAAUAAAAGUCUACAGGAAAAUAUAGCUCAACUGGAAAAAAAGCUGAUUCAAGAAAGAGAAAUAAGUCUGCAAGAGCAUACCAAAAUGUUGGAACAUAAACUGAAGGUACAGGAAGAGAUCCUUCAAGAAGGUUUUAGGAAAAGAGCUGAAGGUAUGAAUGAAGAAAUUAAUCAACUGAAAAAUAGGAUUAAAGCCACUGAAGAUGAUAGUUCCUGGAUUUUACAAAUCUUAAAGGAUGUUGCUGUGGAGAUUGUGUCAAUAGUGUUUCUUCCUAAGUUAAAAAUUGCGGAUAGUUUAGUAAAAGGUGUGAGCUCACUAUUUAAACGAAAGUAGUUCUUUUUAAAUGCCCAAUAUUCUGACCUCUCCUUGAUGUGGAUGCUACUUUCAUUCAGUAAAGUUUUAAACAUAAUUAGUGUAUACUAGAUUAUAUUGAUAUCAAAUAAAUCAGUGCUUACUUUGCUAUAAAUGUUUACUUUAGGAAAUACAUGCAAAAUAAUAUGUAUAUCAAUAUAUCAUAUACAUAUGCAAACAAGAAGUUCAUGCACAAUCAUUGUUAGUGACAAAAUAGUGGAAGUGUGAACUGUUAAAUUGGGCACGUAUAUAUACUGACAUAAAAGCAAAUAAGCAAGUCUAUUUGAAUACGUAACAAUACAAAAUAAACAUAACAAAAUAUGAGGCAUAAAUGUUUUUGUGUAAUGUAUUCAGUGUUAAAAUAUAAGCAUUUUUAUUAUUCUACAUUCAUAUCUAUGUUUAUAUUCUAUAUAAAUGUUCUAGAAUGUUUCUAGAAAAAUUCAUUAGAAACUAGUAUCAUGGUUUGUGCUGGAGAGAACAGAGAUAGUGUGAAAAAUUCAUUAUAUAUUUCAUCUUUUUCAUUUUAUAUCAAAAAUUUAAGAAGUGUAUAAUUGUAACGAGGCUAAAAUUUCAUAAAAAGCAAAGUAGGGACAAAGUGGGUACAGUGGGUAGGGUGCAUAUCUUUCCUGCAGCCAAUGGGUUUUCAUUCCUGGCACCACAUAUGGUGCCCUGAGCUUGCCAGGAGUGACCCCUGAGCACAUAGCCAGGAGUAAUCCCUGGGCAUUAUGGAGUGUGUCCCAAAACAAACAAAUACAAAAAAGAAAGUACUGAAGUACAUGUGUGAGAAGUAUAGUACUAUAACUUGUGCUAGGAGAAGGAAAAUAACAUCGGGCUCUUCAGAGUGAGGUUAACAAUUAAACAGAGUGUGAAAAUAAUAAUACAGAAACUAGAAAGAAAGCUCUAAGGGCUGAUGAUAUAUUUUGCAUGCUUGGUAGUCAAAGUUUGAUAAAUGGUAUUUUGAGCACUCCUGAGAGCAACCUCUAAGCUCAGAAUAGGUAAAAGUUCCCAAGCAUCACCUAAGUGUGGUCCCCAAACAAAUAUUAAAACUCCCUUAAAUAUAUAAGCAAAAUAAAUGUCAUAUGACUUAUAGCCCGGCAAGCUACCGAGAGUAUUCGAUAUGCCAGACACAGUAACAAUAUGAAACAUUAAAUGUUUAAUGAUAGACUUUUUAGUACAAAAGAGUAUAACAGUAUUUGUAAUAGAGAAGACACAUUUAAGAGUGACAUGAAACACAGAUAAUUUUUUAAUUAAAUGAUAAGAGUGAGAUGCAAAUGGAAAUGUGAUUAAUCUCUGGAAUCUGAUUUUUGGUUUAGUUUUUACCUUCUUUUUCUAGUUCCUUUAGGAAUAAAAUAAAGUCUUUUAUUUGUGAUU